UGUGAUGUUGUGAAUCCUUUCAUAUAUGUUUAUUCGCGUACUAUUUGUAAAUAAAGUAUUUAAAAAGCAACAUAUUUUCUUAUUGCAGUAGGAGAAAUAUGGCACAAGAUUUAGAAAAAAAAUUUGAUGAAAUUUGUGAAGCCUUGGACAAUUUAGCAAUUAAGAAUUUGGAAUUGAUAGAAGAAAAAGUAUUACUGACCGUUUCGUUGGAAAAAUCAAUACGCCAAGGGCACAUUAAUCUCGCCAAAGCUCGAUACAUCCGAGGAAAAGAAAACGUCGGAAUCUUGCAGAUUCCAAGCAAAGAACACGAUAUCAAAUCAUUAUUCGAUCUAGAGACGACCUUCAGGAAUAGUGAAGAAGACAAACAAGAAAAAGAUUUUCCUCAUUACGAUAUUUGCUUAAAAAAGUGUGGAGAGGGAGAAGAUGAGCCGCAAAAUCCGAUCAAGUGGUUUGGCGUCUUGGUGCCACAAAGUUUGAAAAUUGCACAAAAGCAUUUUCAGGACGCACUCUAUGUCGCAGUCAGAUUAGCCAAUCUUCAAGCUGAACUGGCAAAAACGAAGAGACAGUCGGACUCUUUAAAAGUUUUAAAAACAGAGGCUGCGUGA